CCAUCUCCAUCUUUCUUUUGCCUCUCUUGUGUGUCACACAUUCUACUCUCUCCCCUCUCUCUCCUACAAUCAACCAACCUCUAUACAUUCCUCCCCUCACACAGACCUCAAAAAUGGGUGGAAAGAAAGGCGGAGCCGGCGAGAACUCCAAGAAGGCCGCCGGCCAAGCUCGCAAAGCUGAAGCGGCCGCUUCGAAGAAGGCCUCCGAGGACGCCAAGCGGGCGGCCGACGAAGACAAGCAGUGGCAGAAGGGAGCGAAGGGUAGUUCUAAGAAAGACGACGCCGAAGCCAAAAAAGCCGAAGCGGCCCGCAAGAGGGCCGAGCGCGACGCCCUCCUAGCCGCCGAAGAAGCCUCGCAGCCCUCGAAGCCGAAAGGCAGCGGGGCAAAACAAGCCUCGAAGAAGAACGCCUCAUCGGCCCCAUCUCGCGGCCUGGACUUGUCGCAGCUGGAUGAUAACGCCCCUACGAAGAGUAGUGCGGCGCUGAACGCCUCGGGUAUCGACAACGCGCUGGAUGCGCUGUCCCUCACGGGCCGCGAGACCAGCAAGGUCGACCGCCACCCCGAGCGCCGGUACAAGGCGGCGUAUGCGGCGUACGAGGCGCGUCGGUUGCCGGAGAUCGAGGCCGAGCAGCCCGGUUUGCGUCGGCAGCAGCGCAUUGAGGUCUGUCGGAAGGAGUUUGAGAAGAGUGACGAGAACCCCUUUAAUCAGGUGCAUGUGGCUUUUGAUGCUAGUCGUGAGGAGAUUGCUGCUGUGCGGGAUGCGGAGAGGAGGAAGGUUGAGGCUAGGUUGGCGAAGUAAUUGGUUUCGGGAUGAUGAUUGAGUUUGUGUUGCGGUGAUGGUGGUGAGGUGUAUAUACCCGGUUCUUUUAUUUUUCUUUUUGUUUUUCAUUGGAAGCUCAGGCUGGUGCUGGAUUUGCGCCUCGGAUAUGGAGAUAUGGGACCAGAUAGAUCAAGAGGGAAAUGACCGGGAAAAUGAAUGUGAU